UUCUGUUUUUGUUCUUGUAAUUAAACAGUAUACAGUGUAUAGACAGUAAAGAUAUGUGCAGUGUGAUUAUAUGUACAGUGAAUGUAUUUCACAUGAACCGUUGAUAUUGCACAAGCAGAUGAAUCUGGACCAGUAAAGAGUUAAAAUGCAAGAGUGCAGUCCAUAAGGAAGGUGAAUAGUUUUUACUGGCAGCAGAGCUGCUUGUACGUGUCUUACAGGUUUUAUAAUCCAACAUCUCAAGCUCCACCCUCUUCUGACACCUGAUAAACCAGGAAAUAUUUGUUCCUCCCUGAAGAGACGCAGGCGGAAAACCAAACGAUCACAUUCACCUUCCAAACCAAACCCAACUAGACCAAACGUCCUGAGUGAGACCAGCUAAAGUAUGGACUUUUGUCUGGACCAUCAGCAGCCAGUGUGUGUCGUCUGCAGAGAUUCAGAACAACCCACCGACCACAGAUUCGGACCUGUCGAAGAAGCUGCAAAGCAAUCCAAGAGGCAGCUUCAGGAAACUCUGGAGCCCUUGAAGGAGAAGUUACAGAGUUUUGAACGUGUUAAAAUAGAGUUUGAACAAACAGCAAAACACAUUAAGGUCCAGGCCCGUCACACAGAGAGGCAGAUCAAGGAGCAGUUUGAAAAGCUUCAUCGGUUUCUAGAGGAGGAAGAGGAGGCUAGGAUGGCUGCACUGAGGGUGGAAGAGGAGCAGAAGAUCUGGAGGAUGAAGAUGAAGAUUGAGUCUCUGAGCAGAGAAAUAACAGCUCUUACAGACACAAUCAGAACCACAGAGGACGAGCUGAGAGCUGACAACGUCUCGUUCCUGCUCAACUACAAGGCUCCAGUGGAACGAGUCCAGCAGCGCCCCCUGCUGGAAGAACCACAGCUGGCCUCAGGAGCUCUGAUAGAGAAGGCCAAACAUCUGGGCAACCUGAGCUUCAACAUCUGGAACAAGAUGAAGGACCUGGUCUCCUACAGUCCUGUGGUUCUGGACCCAAACUCUGCUCAUCCAGUACUCGUCCUGUCUGAAGGUCUGACCAGUUUGAUACGAGGACAGGAAAAGAAUAUUCCUGACAAUCCAGAGAGGUUUGAUCAUUACUUCUCAGUCCUGGGAUCUGAGGGUUUUAACUCAGGGACUCACAGCUGGGACGUCCUGGUUGGACACAGUGCUUACUGGAAACUGGGUGUAAAAGCAGAGUCUGCCCAGAGGAAGAGAAUCAAUCUGUCUGGAUCAUGGGGGAUAUGGUUCUGUGAAGGUAAAUACUCAGCAUGGUCUUCAUUAGCAUCAUCUGUUCUCUCUGUGCAGAGGAUCCAGAAGAUCAGAGUGAAACUGGACUGGAACAGAGGACAACUGUCGUUCACUGAUCCUGACACUAACAAACACAUUCACACCUUAACACACACUUUCACUGAGAAGAUGUUUCCAUACUUUAGCACUGGAGAUCACUUGAGGCUGUUACCUGUGAAUGUCUCUGUGACACUGGAUCAGCGCAGGUAGAGAUAAAGAUUUUAUGUAAGAGAAAUCUUCUGAAUAUAAAUGUUCAACUCAUUAUUCUAAAGCUUUGUUUAUUUCUCCUUUUACCUCUCACUGAUUUUUAUUUUCAUGGGAAAUGUUUCCUAUCAUUUAAAUUUUGUGUGGAUCCAUGAAGUCGAGCAAACUGAUGAAGAUCCACAUAAAAACACAUUUAUAUAUAACAGCUGAUUAGUGUUCACAGUCAACAAACAAUUUAUCAAAACUCUCACUUGAUUCAUGAUUCAUGUUAAAUCACAUAAUCUCUGUUCACAUAUGAAAUAAUCCAACAUAUAUGAACAUUUGUCUGCUUGUUGUGAUGAAGCCAAAUUGAUCCUGUCUGUAAAAGUGUUUAUUCAACCGCAGCCUAGUGAUGUGAUUUUAAUGUUGUGAUAAAAAUAAUAAAAACUAAGAAUCAGAAA